GUAUUCCUCUUCAGAUUUUAACCCUUCAGUUAGAAGAUGAAUAUAGAUUAUAUGAACCAGAACAGGACAAGCCAAAAUCUCCAGAAAUAGACUCUUGGGUCACGAAAUUCCCACUGGCCUGGGCAGAGACUGGCGGGAUGGGGUUGGCGCUCCAACAGCCUCCCCUAAUUAUCCAGUUAAAGGCCACCGCGACUCCUGUCUCCAUUAAACAGUACCCCAUGUCAUGGGAAGCUUAUCAGGGCAUAAAGCCACAUAUCAGGAGGCUCUUAGACCAAGGCAUCCUAGUCCCUUGCCGGUCACCCUGGAAUACGCCUCUGCUACCUGUUAAGAAGCCCGGCACUGGAGACUAUAGGCCAGUACAAGAUUUGAGAGAGGUCAACAAAAGAGUAGAAGAUAUUCAUCCAACUGUCCCAAACCCUUAUAACCUACUCAGCACCCUGCCUCCCACCCAUACUUGGUAUACGGUCUUAGAUCUGAAGGAUGCUUUCUUCUGCCUCCGGCUGAGCCCAGAAAGCCAGCCCUUAUUUGCUUUUGAGUGGAAAGACUCUGAAAUGGGGCUUUCGGGACAGUUGACUUGGACAAGGUUACCACAGGGUUUCAAAAACAGCCCAACGCUCUUUGAUGAGGCCUUACACCGGGACUUGGCUGACUUUCGAGUCCAGCAUCCCACUCUUAUACUUCUUCAGUUUGUUGAUGACCUUCUUCUAGGGGCCACUUCUGAGACAGCAUGCCACCAGGGAACAGAAUCCCUCUUGCAGACUUUGGGGCGAUUGGGCUAUCGAGCUUCUGCCAGAAAGGCUCAAAUUUGCCAGACCCAGGUUACUUAUUUAGGCUAUCAACUAAGGGACGGACAGCGAUGGCUGACUCCGGCUAGGAAACAGACCGUGGCCAACAUCCCAGCCCCAAGAAAUGGCCGACAGCUACGGGAAUUCCUAGGAACGGCGGGAUUCUGCCGCCUCUGGAUUCCUGGGUUUGCCGAGAUGGCAGCCCCCUUGUACCCUCUCACUAAACAGGGGGUGCUCUUCCAGUGGGGGGCAGAACAACAGGAGGCAUUUGAUAACAUUAAACGGGCCUUGCUGUCCUCCCCUGCCUUGGGUCUCCCAGACAUCACCAAGCCCUUUGAACUAUUUGUGGAUGAGAAGCAAGGGUAUGCUAAGGGGGUCCUAACACAAAGACUGGGACCCUGGAAGCGCCCGGUAGCCUACCUGUCUAAGAAAUUAGACCCUGUGGCCUCUGGUUGGCCACCAUGCCUGAGAAUGGUGGCAGCCAUUGCCGUCCUAACUAAAGACGCUGGGAAGUUGACCUUGGGGCAGCCACUCACCAUCCUGGCACCCCAUGCAGUGGAGGCUUUGAUAAAACAGCCCCCUGACCGCUGGCUCUCCAAUUCCCGCAUGACCCACUACCAAGCCUUGCUACUGGAUGCGGAACGGGUCCAGUUUGGGCCCGUGGUCGCUCUCAACCCAGCCACUCUGCUUCCUUUGCCAGAGGAGGCAGAACAGCACGACUGUCUGCAGAUCCUCGCAGAAGUACAUGGAACCAGACCAGACCUAUCGGACCGACCUCUCCAGGAUGCUGACCAUACGUGGUAUACCGAUGGUAGCAGCUACUUGGUGAACGGGGAACAGAAAGCUGGAGCCGCGGUCACUACGGAGGACAAAGUGAUCUGGGCAAGCGCCUUGCCUGUUGGUACCUCCGCACAGCGGGCUGAACUCAUUGCCUUAACCCAGGCGCUCAAAAUGGCAGAAGGUAAGAGGCUGAAUGUAUAUACAGACAGCCGCUACGCCUUUGCUACAGCACACAUCCAUGGAGAGAUCUACCGGAGAAGAGGGCUGCUCACAUCUGAGGGUAAGGACAUUAAGAACAAGACUGAAAUUCUGGCCCUCCUGGCAGCUCUGUUCCUACCAAAAAGACUGAGCAUUAUACAUUGCCCAGGGCAUCAGAAGGGACACAGCCCCGAGGCACGGGGAAAUCGGCUAGCUGAUGUCUCAGCGCGUGAGGCCGCCAUGGGCACCCAAGUUCUGUCCUUAAAAGACCAAGAUCAACCCACGUCUCCACAGCCGGAACAGACCGGUUGGCUCUACACCACGGAGGACACAAAGCUCCUACAGAAAAUGGGGGCCGUUUGGUGCCCACAACUAAAACGGUGGGUCUACACAGGGAAAACAGUUAUGCCUACGAAGAUGACCUUUGAAUUAAUCUCCUACCUACAUAAAUUAACACACCUGGGACUCAAGAAGAUGAAGACCCUCUUAAGACGAGAAGAGAUUGACACCUACCUCCUGGGACGAGAUCAGGCCUUGAGGGAGGUGACUGAAAGCUGCAGGGCCUGUGCUCAGGUAAACCCAGGAAAAGCUAAAAUUGGACAAGGAGUCCGUCCCCGAGGACAUCGGCCUGGUACCCACUGGGAAAUUGACUUCACUGAAAUCAAGCCUGGUAUGUACGGACACAAAUACCUCUUAGUGUUCAUAGAUACCUUCUCCGGAUGGGUAGAGGCUUUCCCCACGAAACAUGAAACGGCCAAGGUGGUGACCAAGAAGCUCCUCGAAGAAAUCUUCCCCAGGUAUGGAAUGCCCCAAGUAUUGGGGUCAGAUAACGGGCCCGCUUUCGUCUCCCAGGUAAGUCAGUUGGUGGCCAAGUUAUUGGGGAUUGAUUGGAAGUUACAUUGUGCUUAUAGACCCCAAAGUUCAGGACAGGUAGAGCGCAUGAAUAGAACAAUUAAGGAGACUUUAUCUAAAUUAACGCUUGCAACUGGCUCAAAGGAUUGGGUGUCCCUACUACCCCUAGUCCUAUACCGGGCCCGGAAUACACCAGGCUCCCAUGGCCUGACUCCCUUUGAAAUAGUAUACGGGACCCCACCCCCAUUUAUCAAUUUCUUUGAUUCAAACAUCGCUGAAUUCGCUAAUAGCCCUUCCUUGGCAGCACAUCUUCAGGCCCUACAAAUCGUGCAGAGAGACAUCUGGAAACCUCUAGCCGCGGCCUACCAAGACAGGCUUGAACAACCGACGGUGCCGCACCCGUUCCAGAUCGGAGACACCGUGUGGGUGCGCAGACAUCAGACCAAGAAUCUCGAGCCUCGGUGGAAAGGACCCUAUACAGUUCUCCUGACUACCCCGACAGCCUUGAAGGUAGACGGAAUUGCGGCUUGGAUCCACGCAUCUCAUGCCAAGGCAGCCCGACCUGAGGAAACGGCAGAUCACAACAUCGCACCCCAGACAUGGAAGGCUCAACGCACUCAAAACCCCCUAAAGCUAAGAUUUUCACGUUGUUGCUCUUAACUGUCUUAUGGACUAGGGGUGGGGCGAGUCUGGGGGCUAGCCCCCACCAGGUAUAUAAUAUGUCCUGGAUAAUAACUAAUUUAGAGACGGGCUGGUCUCAAGUCCUAGCUAAUGGUAAGCAUGCUGAAGGAACCUGGUGGCCCCCUUUGACUUUCGACCUUUGUCAACUGGCUAAGGACUCCUGGGAGCAUACUGAGCGGACUCCCCACAACUCAUACCCACCCUGCAGACACUCUGAUUGGUAUACUUGUCCCGGAGGUAAGAGGACACGGGAGUGCGGAGGUCCUGAGACCUUCUACUGCGCUAAGUGGGGGUGUGAGACUUACACUCGAGGAUGGUGGGGGACCAAGAAGGGGGACUUAGUGGCCUUCUCCCCUGAGACUCCAGGCGAAUCUCGAAUUACAAUAGAAUUCACAGAUCAAGGUAAAAACAUAGAUUGGAAGGUGGGGCGUAGGUGGGGGAUACGGUUGUAUACCCCUGGCCAAACUAACCCAGGACUCCUGUUCUCCCUCCAACUGGUGAGAGAACGGGUCACACAAGAGAUUGGUCCAAACCCAGUCCUCAUGGAUCAAAAGCCCCCUUCCCGACCAGCACCAGCACUGCCCCCGGUCGGACCCCCACUAUGGCUAAACACCACUCAGAACUCCGGGGAUAUCUUGACAACUCCCUCCCCGACUAGGGACCCUUCCACACCGGCCCCUCAGCUGCUAGGAACGGGAGACCGGCUAAUCAACUUAGUGACCGGGGCAUACUUGGCACUCAAUUAUUCAGAACCUGACAAGACCCAAGAAUGCUGGCUGUGCCUGGUCUCUAGCCCGCCCUAUUAUGAGGGUGUGGCAGUCAUGGGGAAUUAUACUAAUCAGACUACGGCCCCGGCCAGCUGCACAACCCUCCCUAGCCAUAGGCUGACAUUGCCGGAAGUCUCAGGACAGGGACUCUGUAUAGGGACCAUACCCCCCACUCACCAGGUCCUCUGCGCUAUCACCGAGAGGAUCCCCACUGGAAGCUACUACCUAGCAGCUCCUACAGGCACCUAUUGGGCCUGUAACACUGGAUUGACACCUUGUAUCUCCGCCGCAAUCCUCCGCAGAUCCUCAGACUACUGUGUACUGGUAGAAAUUUGGCCUAAGGUCACCUACCAUGGGCCCGAGUACAUAUACUCACAUUUUGAGAGGCUGACUCGAUUCAGGCGAGAACCCAUCACCAUGACCCUAGCUCUACUCUUGGGAGGAAUCACCUUAGGAGGAAUGGCUGCAGGUAUAGGGACGGGGACCACCGCCCUCAUCGAGACGGGUCACUUUCGUCAGCUACAAGAAGCCAUGAAUGCAGAUCUAAAAGCUAUCGAGGAAUCCGUGAGUGCAUUAGAAAAGUCCUUAACAUCUUUGUCUGAAGUAGUCUUACAAAAUAGGAGAGGGCUAGACAUGCUGUUCCUUCGCGAAGGAGGGCUAUGUGCUGCUCUAAAAGAAGAAUGUUGUUUCUAUGCAGACCAUACAGGAUUAGUGAGAGAUAACAUGGCUAAGCUCCGAGAACGUUUGGCCCAGAGACAGAAGCUGUUUGAUUCCCAACAAGGCUGGUUCGAGGGGUGGUUUAACCGAUCCCCUUGGUUUGCUACCCUGGUGUCCACCUUGAUGGGACCCUUAAUCAUCCUCCUCCUAAUCCUCCUCUUUGGCCCCUGCAUUCUAAACAGAUUGAUGCAGUUCAUAAAGAACAGACUCUCAGUCAUUCAGACGCUUGUUCUCACCCAACAAUACCAGAGGGUAAGACAACAGGAAGAGAUUCCUUAGAAUUCGAUUUGAGUAAAGGAUUUUACUCAAGUCUAAAAGAAAAUGGGGGAAAAUGAAAGACCCACCCCAUGAGUCUUAACUCAGAGUUGCAACAGGCUUGAACAAGCCCAGGCACGCCCAGAUACCUAGGGCCGAGUCACCGUUAAAACUAACAGACCAUAAAAGGAAAGGAAUACAGAACAGACUAGGAGUACCGGAUCUGGCAGGAAGAGAUAAGUCCCUAGCCCCCUCCCCCCCGACAUUCAGGACGUCCCAGCCCGCACGUACUCUUACCAUGUUACAACCUCAUUCGAAUAUGAUUCAAACCUGCCAAUGUGUGUAGCUAUACCUUAUUACCUCAUCUUGUGAAAUAACCAAUCAUAUGUGAACAUGUCUAUAUGCUUCGUUUAAAUCCACCAAUCCCCGUAACUAUGCAUCUGCUUCUGUACGCCCGCUUCUGCUUCCCCAAACCCUAUAAAAGCCCCAUGCUGGAGCUGUUGGGCGCGCAAGUCCUCCGAAGAGACUGUGUGCCCGCAGGUACCUGUGUUUUCCAAUAAACCCUCUUGCUGAUUGCA